AUGGAGCUCCUUGUGCUCCUUGCCGUUGUUCUCUUGUUGGGCUUCUUCGUCUCGAUCCGUCGUCGCAGCUACAGCGCUAACCGGCGUGCCCCUGCUUCUGCAGCUCCGCCGGCUGUCCAUAGGGUCCGCGACCCUGACGUCGCGCACCGCGCACUCGUCGAGGACGCCGACGGCUUCUCGAGCCGCCCGGUCAUGCCCUUCUUCGUGAAUCUAGCCAAAAUGCGCGGUGGCCGGCGCAACGAGAACAUAAGCACCGUGCCCCACGGCCCGCACUGGCGAGCUCUUCGCUGCGCCGGCGGUGCGGCAUUGGAGCGUGGAGGGGAAGGAGGAGGGGGAGGGGGGCCUGACCUGGGACGGGUGGCGGAGGGAGGAGCCGCCGGGUGCACCGCGUCCGAGCGCGACGCAGCGGCGAGAGAGGAGGGAGGCGGUGGCGGGGUAGGGCGCGGCGGCGGCGGGGUAGGCGCGGCGGCGUCGGGGUAG